AACGUAAAUUUAGGAGAUGCUCUUAUAUUCCUUAGAGAAUAUGAUAGUGCAGCUUCGUUAAUGUGUACGAGAGUGAUGAUAGCCCAAUGGAAUUUUGCGACAAACGUUACUGAUGCAAACUAUCAGAAAAUGGUAGACGAACAAACAUUAAAAUUAAAAUUUGAAAGAGCUUCUUGGCGGAAAGCAGUUACUUUUGCUUGGAGUCGAAUACCAGAUCCUUUGGCAAGAAGGGAACUUAAAAUGAUCGCUACGAAAGGUCGAAGUUCCCUGACUGAUGAUAAAUUUAAUGAGAUACAUCGUUUGAUAGCAGAGAUGAAAGAGAUUUAUGUUAAAGCCAGAGUAUGUUCGUACAAACAAAUUGAUGGCGAAUGUAAUUUGAGUUUAGAUUAUGAUCUAAAUAAAAUAAUGGCAACAUCAAAAGAUUACGACGAAUUAUUGCAUUAUUGGCAUGCUUGGCAUGAAGUAAUUGGUCCACAAUUACAAAAUAAAUACUUGAGAUAUGUUCAAUUGGCAAAUCGAGCAGCUAAAUUGAAUGGUUUUGCUGAUGCUGGCGAUCAGAUGAGAGAGUUAUUUGAAGAUGAAUAUUUCCAGCAAAAUAUGGCGGAGAUAAUGUCAGCCGUAACUCCACUCUAUAAAAAUCUUUUUACUUAUGUGCGAUCAAAACUAAUUGAAAGAUACGGUGAUAGAAUACAUGAGGACGGACCUUUACCGGCACAUGUUUUAGGAGAUAUGUGGUCUCAAAAUUGGGAAGGUUUGUUCGAGUUAGUGCAACCAUUUCCUGCAAGUCGAAAGCUCGAUGUAACUUUGGAUAUGAUGAUUCAAGGUAUUACUCCAAUAAGGAUGUUUCAAAUAGCGGAAGAAUUUUUUACUUCGCUCGGAAUGAAACCGAUGCCACCGGAAUUCUGGAAAUUUUCCAUAUUAGAAAAACCUAUUGAUAGAGAAAUUAAGUGCACUCCUAGUACGUGGGAUUUUUGUAAUAGAAUUGAUUACAGGAUAAAACAGUGUACUAGAGUCACAAUGGAAGAUUUAUUAUCUACCCAUUAUGAAAUGGCCCAUUUGCAAUAUUAUUUACAAUACAAGGAUCAUCCAUUGCUAUUCCGAAACGAAGCAAUUCCAGGAUUUCAUGAAGCUGUUAGUGAUGCCAUUGGUUUAUCCAUUUUUACUCGUCAACAUUUACAUAAAAUUGGGCUGCACAAUAAUUUAACAGACGAUUAUGAUAGUAGCAUAAAUUUUCUGAUGUUAAUGGCACUUCGCAAAGUGGCUUAUAUGCCGUUUGCUUAUAUAGUUGAUCGGUGGAGAUGGCGUGUAUUUAGUGACGGCGUCGAAGAUAUGACAGCGCAUUGGUGGGAAUUAAAAUUGCAAUAUCAAGGCAUUGUUCCACCUGUACCCAGAUUUGAAAGGAAUUUUGAUCCAGCAGCGAAAUAUCAUAUCCCAGCAGAUAGUNUUAUUUCUAGGUAUUUUGUAAGUACUGUAUUACAGUUUCAACUGUUCCAAUCUUUGUGUGAAAUUUCUGGUCAUACUGGCGAAUUGCACACUUGCGAUCUUUAUAGGUCACGAGAAGCAGGUCGAUUAUUAUCAGAUAUUCUGUCAAUGGGAGCUUCUAGACCGUGGCAAAACGUUGUUAGACAUAUGACAAGAAGCAGGAUGAAUAGAAUAGAUGCUGGUGCCAUGCUCAAAUAUUUUGAGCCUUUAAAUGCAUGGUUAAAACGACAAAAUGAGAUGCAACCUGUGAUCGGCUGGAUCACAAGUCGCGAUGACAGAGAAAGAUAUUGUUAUAAGGCCGCGUCGUAUAAUUCUUUAGGCCUUGUAAAUAAUAUAUUUGUUUAUCAAAAAUCAUUGAAACAAGAGAUUAACAAAAAUGGUAUUACCCUGGCAUAUUAUUCGGACCUUAAACAAAGUUCUGAUGGUAAUUGCCAAAAACCUCAAACAGAACAAAAACUGACAGUAUUUCAAAAAAUGAAACAAAUGACUAAAGAUUACUGGCAUGUGUUAAUACCUGUGCAUGUGAUUACUUCUAUAGGAUGGAUAGCUAUAUUCUAUACUGCUGUUAGGAAUGGUGUGGAUAUAGUCCAGUUGUUGGAAUAUAUGAAUUUUAGCGAGAAAUACAUAGAUUUAGUGCGUAAUUCAAGUGCUGGUGACUUGGCCAUUACUUAUGCUCUUUAUAAGAUAUUUACCCCAAUCAGAUAUACUAUUACUGUUGGAGGAACGACAAUGGCUAUUCGAUAUUUGAGCAAAUUAGGCUACGUGAAGGCAUUAUCAUUCAAGCUUCAAUCAGUAGAGCCAGUACAGUCAAAUAAAUGUGCAGCAGAACACAAGAAAAAAUUCAAGGCAGAAUAUAAAACGGACCAACACUCGGAAUCGCCAAAACCAUAAAUAUUACUGCCGCAUUAUGUCGGACCUACUGGUCGGACUGAGCUGGACGUAGCUCGGGGAUUUGUUGUAUAUUUCUGUUAUAAAUAUAUAUUGCAUCAUUGUAAAU